AUGUUCCAAGUAGCUGUCUGCCAUGUGAUGGUGUACGUCUUGACGGAGGUUGCUGACCAAGUUCCCAGAUCCUCGAGGCGGAGCUGCGAGACAUGGGGGGUGAAGUCCGGCCAUCCUUCUUGUCUGUUCAAGGAUCAAGUCGGCAGCCUCCUACCCCAGCCUUCAGAGUUUCGUCAAGUUGACCAUGACGAGUUAGGAGGAAGAGGCUCGAUGAGCCAUCGAGGUCCCGACUCCCCGCAGGAGACUGCCUGUCCCCGAGGGGAGGAGGAGCAUGCGAAGCAGCGAGAGCAGGGGACGGAGAGCGUGGUGGUGAAGAAGGAGGACAACAUACAGAAGAGGCUGAACAAGCAGUACCAGAGGAUGCGAACGAAGGAGCUGCACCAAAGGCUCGAUGCCCUGGUACCAGUGCGGCAGAGGCCAGACGGAGGGAAGCUAGGGUCGAGGAGGACUGUGCUGCAGCUUCUAGAGGACCUGCAGGUGCACAUGAAGAGCAUCCUCUGCAGCCCGACCCUGCCAUCGGGCUACGACAGCAGCAGGGAGCCGCUGAAGCAGGGAGACGAGUUGGGCGAGGUGGAGAUGAAAGAGGGGCUGCUGUCCUGCUCCUCCUGCCCCAUGGCAGUCGUGAGCAUGCGAGACAUGCAGAUCGUCGCGAUGAGCAGCAAGCUGCAGCGACAGCUCUGCCUCCCCUCCCUCCCGAGCCCCAUCGGGCAGUACCUGCAGACUUUCAUCCUCCCUGGUGAUGCGCAUGUCAUGGCGGAGUUCGAGCGGCAGCUCAGAAUGGAGGGAGGGGCGCAAGCUUGUCUGCGCUUCCUAUUGACGUCGAGCAGCGGGAUGAACGCCGAGUACCUGGACGUGGAGGGAAACGAGGCCGGAGGGUUCGCGUUCCUCUUCUUCCGCCGCCAUCCUGCGCAGGAGGGGGAGGAGCCGGUGAGCUCGCAGUGGGAUAAGCAGACGAUGAUGCGGCUGAGCGGGAUCUUUGAGAUGGACGAGCUUUCCUCCUCCUGCUUCCCCUGGGAGGUUGAGGAAAGCUUCAUCCGCUGCUUCGGGACCGGAUCGGCGCUCAUGGACGCGGCACUCGCCAGGCUCCUGGCGCAGGAGGGUGUGAGGGAGGGUAUCCAGCUGUACGUCAAGGAGGAGGGAGGGAGCGAGGGCAGAGCGAUGAUGAAGAUGCUGCAGCUGCACUUAGUUCUCGACUUCAACCAUGAGCAGAUCCCCUGCGCGUUCGCGCACUUGAGGAUGAGACUUCCUCCCCGCGUGGGGGAGCUGCAGACUGAGUGGGAGGAGGCGUUCAGGAUCAAGCUAGAUGGGACGCCGUACCCUCACCCCUCGCAUGCGGGGACCUGGAUGGGGUACGUGGCGCACGGGGGAUGGGAGGAGGAAGGAGUGAGGGUGACUGAGGUGAGGAUGAAGAGGGUGAGCGUGUACCUCUUGCAGUCGUUCCGUAGUCGCAUGCAGGUUUACAGCACAGCGAGCAUGACGGUGACAAGGCGAGGAUGCUGCUACUCUGGGCAGGUGGUGGAUCUGUCAGAGGCGGUGAGCGGAGCUGGGGAGAGAAAGAGGAAAGAGUUCCUCCUGUUCGCGAGGAGGAUGGCUCCUCCUGACCUGGAGCUGCUGCAUCUGCUGUCGCAGAAGGAGGAGGGGUGA